CAUCAAAACGCAUCACAGUCGCUUUCCGUGUUCGAAUCUCCGGUAUAUGCUUUCAGGACAACAUAUCAACUCGUCACACGCAAACAAUAAUCCUGUCACAAACCCAAACACGCAGUCACAUAUGUGCUCUACUCGGCAUUUUCGUUUAUCGAUCGAUUGAAAUCGAAUUGGGUUUUUUUAGGUUUUUUUUGUUGGGUUUGGGUUUAAUGCAUGGACGAUGGAGUCUCUGCAGCAGAGACUGGAGUCAUGGAUCAGAGACCAACGGACGAAGAUCUUGAAGGUCCCGUGGCCCCAACAAUGGCUGACGCCCGUGAAGUGGCCGUGGACCAACGGCAGAGAACAGAGGAAGAGGAUUCAGGAGGAGUACCAGCGAAGGAAGAGACAGCUUCACGAGCUUUCUAGUGCCGUCAAGGCCGAGUCGGUCGCUGAUUUGCAGGACAUUCUCUGUUGCAUGGUGCUCGCCGAGUGUGUUUACAAGAGACCUGCGGCAGAGGUGGUUCGUGCAGUGAACAAAUUUAAGGCUGAUUUUGGAGGGCAAGUUGUUUCCUUAGAGCGUGUGCAACCUUCUUCAGAUCAUGUUCUUCACAGGUAUUUAUUAGCAGAAGCAGGGGACACAUUAUUUGCUUCCUUCAUUGGAACAAAGCAGUACAAGGAUGUCAUGGCUGAUGCGAAUAUAUUUCAAGGUGCUAUAUUUCGUGAUGACGCUGUUGAAGAUACUCACGGGAUUGACACUGCUGAAUCUGUCCAAAUUAAUAGUGAAAAGGGAAACACAGAUAAUCUCUCAAAACCCCUUGAAGCAAAAUCUAAGCAACCGAAACCCACACCUCAGCCUGCUGCUCAUCGGGGAUUCAUGGCUCGUGCUAAAGGGAUACCUGCAUUAGAGUUGUACAGACUUGCUCAGAGAAAGAAAAGAAAGCUUGUGCUAUGUGGACAUUCACUUGGUGGAGCAGUAGCAGUCUUGGCUACCCUUGCCAUUUUGAGGGUUAUUGCUAGUUCAUCCAAAGAAUAUGACAAAGUUCAGGUUAAGUGUAUCACAUUCUCCCAGCCUCCAGUUGGAAAUGCUGCUUUAAGAGACUAUGUUAAUAGAAAAGGGUGGCAGCGCUACUUUAAGAGUUAUUGUAUUCCAGAGGACCUGGUGCCCCGUAUCUUGUCCCCUGCAUAUUUUCAUCAUUAUAAUGCGCAAUGUCUGCCAAUGCCUGUUGACACUGGUACUACCAGUUUGUUAAUGCCGAAACAAAAAGCAGAAAAACAAAAAGAGAAUGAAGGGGAGCGGCUGGUUCUGGGUUUAGGCCCUGUGCAGAAUUCUGUUUGGAGACUUUCGAGGCUUGUCCCUUUAGAGGGUGUUAGAAGACAAUUCAAUAAAUACAUGGGAAAACAAGUUGAUCCUCUUGAAACGAUUUCUGCUAAUGAUUCCUCUAUGACAUCUUCAUUUGAUGAUGUAGUAUCUGCUCCACAAUCUCUUGAAAUUGAAGAAGGUUCUGAUGGCAUUUCCCUUAAACCAAUCUCUGACAUGGAAAAAUCGGCACAAGGUGAAUUUAAAAAUGGAAAGUCAUCUGGAAAAAGUAACACUAACGGUGGGGAUAGUAGGGCAUGGCGUAGGGUGCCUUAUUUACCUUCAUACGUACCAUUUGGGCAGCUGUAUCUCUUGGGGGAUUCAUCGGUGGAGUCACUGUCGGGUGCAGAGUACUCAAAGUUGACAUCAGUCAGGUCUGUGAUUGCUGAAUUAAGGGAACGAUUUCAGUCACAUUCAAUGAGGUCAUACAGGUCUCGGUUUCAAAGAAUCUAUGACAUAUGCAUGAGUGAUAGUGCUUUCUUGGGAAUGGAGCAACUGCAGCAAUUUCCGCAUUUACAAAAAUGGCUAGGCAUUUCAGUUGCAGGUACUGUUGAACUUGGGCAUAUUGUAGAGUCUCCAGUUAUUCAUGCAGCUACUUCAAUUGUUCCUCUUGGAUGGAGUGGUAUUCCUGGUCAGAAGAAUGGAGAACCUUUCAAAGUAGAUAUUACUGGUUUUGGAUUACAUUUGUGUACUCUGGUACAAGCUCGAGUAAAUGGCAACUGGUGCUCAACUACAGUAGAAUCCUUUCCUUCGGCACCAGCUUACUCUUCAAAUUAUGGAUUACAGCCUGAUUUACAAAAGAUCCGAGUGUUAGUUGGAGCUCCAUUAAGAUGGCCACCAAAACAUCAGAUGGUGGCCGAUUCGUUGUUGCCCAUGUUUCCUGCUACUAACUCAAACUCUGUUGAUUCCAGAAGGGAACAGAACAUUUCUGCAUUUCAUGAAGGAGAAUUCAUCCGCCCUGAAGGUUUGAGUGAUUUUGUAGUAUUCUGCACAAGUGAUUUCUCUACUGUCUCCAAGGAGGUUUAUGUCAGAACCCGUAGAAUUCGAUUGCUUGGACUCGAGGGUGCUGGUAAAACUUCUCUUCUCAAGGCAAUAUUGGGUCAUGGCCGGCUCAUUGCCACUGCCGAUGUUAGGAAUUUUCUUCCAGACGAUGUUGAAGAAGGUGUCACUGGUGGUUUGUGCUACUGUGAUUCAGCUGGAGUAAAUUUGCAGGAUCUGAAUACAGAGGCCACUCGUUUCAGGAAUGAACUGUGGAUGGGUAUUCGUGAUCUUAGUAGAAAAACAGAUUUGAUUGUUCUUGUGCAUAAUUUGUCCCACAAAAUACCUCGAUAUAAUCACUCAAAUGUGUCAAAGCAGCAGCCGGCCCUCUUGCUUCUGUUAGAUGAGGCUAAAGCACUUGGAAUCCCUUGGGUCCUUGCCAUAACAAACAAAUUUUCUGUUAGUGCAGACCAGCAAAGAUCAGCGAUUAAUGCUGUCCUGCAGGCAUAUGAAGCAUCUCCAAGCAUAACUGAGGUUAUCAAUUCCUGCCCAUAUGUUAUGCCCAGUGCUUCAAGUUUUCUGUCUUGGGGUGACAAGGAUAGAGAUUCUGAUGGGAAGAUGGACCCUCGGAAGCUUAUAUCUGUUCCUAUAAAUCUUGUUCGGAUGCCUUUCCAGAAAAAAGCCUCCAUUCUCCCUGUAGAGGGUGUAAAUGCUUUUCGUCAGGUUGUUCAUCAUGUGCUUCGCAGCCACGAGGAGGCUUCUUUGCAGAUCAAGUGCAACAAACUUAGGCGGUUCAGAAAUCACAGCAGUUGACGGUGAUGAAUUAGAAUUGGGAGUUGAUAAUGUAAAUUUUUUUGAUCGGGUGGUUGAAUUUGUGGGGGAGGUGAUGUGUGUGUCUGUGUGUGUUUGUGAGAGAGAGAAGCUCGAAUUGAUGACAAUAGUUGGGGGUGACCAGUGUUACAUUAUUAAAAGAAAGGUAAUGGUUUGGGGCGUUUUUAUAUCAAAGGAGAUUGCAACCUUGGGAAUUAUCAAGAUUAGUUCAGAAUGUCUCAAUUGUCAAUUUGGACGUUCAGCACCGUGUUUUAUACUUAGUGAUGAAGUUGCUUAAAUUUCAGUUUUUAUUUAUUUAUUUAUUUUUUAAAAAUUGCAAAAAUUGUCACUAUUGUCGUAUCUGCCAGUCUUAGAUUUGCUCAUUAUCUGUAAUUUGCUGGUUCUCUUGAGAAAUCCUACUGGGUGCUGUAUCAGUUUAUCUAUAAUUUAAUUAUACAUUGAACUUCCAUAUAUUGUCAUCUCUCAUUUUCUUAUAUUUGUUUGAUAGAAAAGUAAAAAAUAAAAAUAAAAAUAAACAAAUAAUAAAGGAAGGCUUGGCCAACUAGUUGGUGUAAUGGUAUAAUGCCUGGUUGGCCAAGCAUGAAACACAAGAUCGAGACUAAGAGCAACCACUUGGUUAAGUUUGUAUCCAGUAUAAUGAUUUAUAUUUUUUUUUUUU